AUGUCUGUCAGCUCGUUGAAAGGCCUGAUGUCGAGCUACUCCCCUCUUGCCGAUCGCAGUCCCUCUUCGGAGGAGAAGGACAUGAGCCUUCCCCUUCGAUCGGAUGUCGAGGCUGGAAGCAACAGCCAAAAUGCCAAACCGGGCUGGUCCAUCGACGGUCGCACAGUCUCGGAUGCUAUUAUCGGUUUGUCCGACGGAAUGACUGUGCCCUUUGCCCUUACGGCUGGUUUGUCUGCUCUGGGUGAUACCAAAGUGGUGGUAUUCGGUGGACUGGCAGAGCUCAUUGCAGGAGCUAUCUCGAUGGGCUUAGGUGGAUACCUGGGUGCCAAGAGUGAAGAGGAGUCAUACAAGGCUACACUGAAGGAAACAACAACACAAACCAUGACCGAUGCCGCCUCUGUAUCUGAUACCAUCAGUGAUAUCUUUGAGCCCUAUGAGCUCCCUCCUGAACUGGUCGCUCAACUCAAGAACCACCUCUCUGCUUCCCCCAUGCUCCCAUCUUUCCUCAUGAACUUCCACCACACCAUGCCCGAGCCCUCUGGUUCUCGAGCUGUCAUCUGCGCAUUGACAAUUGCCCUCGGGUACUUCAUUGGUGGAUUCGUGCCUCUCCUCCCAUACUUCUUCGUCGGUCCCCAAGAUGCCUUUAUCGCCCUACGCUGGUCCAUUGCUACUAUGGUGGUGGCCCUGUUCAUCUUUGGGUAUGGCAAGACGUGCUUCGUUAGUGGCUGGCGUGGUCGUCGGAAUGUGCGAAAGGGUUUGAUCGGAGGAUUGCAAAUGGUGCUGGUAGGCGGUAUCGCAGCUGGCUCGGCAAUGGGAUUGGUGAAAGGAUUCCAGAUGCUCGCUGAUCACCACAGUGAAAAGCACGACUAA